GCAUUCGCGGUUGCGCGCUGUCUUGACGCGUUACAUAAUAUAUACGACCGUAUCAACACGAAGCCUUUGAUGAAACAAUCAAAGAGUUUUCCAAGUCCAUUUAUCUGUAAUUCAUUUCAAUCGAACUACAAUACUACAUAAACCAUUAAAAUGACUGAUAUUCAAAAGAUUUCUUGGGUAGUGGCUUAUUUCACAAGAUCCUAUGAAUAUGGUAUAAUACCUAUGAAUUGGUUAAUAGAAAAAAAUGAUGUAAAUGAAAAUGGAACUUAUUGUCUAUGGCCUCCUAAUCCAAACAUAACUAGCGAAGAUAUAAUAAGAGCCAGCCCUCCAGAUUCAUCCUGGUUAAUCUGUCGAGUCAAAAUAAUUGUCAAUAAACCAUACGAUGAUUAUGUAAGAGCUUGGCAUGAACUAUUUAUAAUAGUUGAAUCUUCUUCAACAAAAACUAAAUCCAUUUUAAAGAAAAUGAUUGAUAAUAAAAAGAUCAACUUAACAAAAACUAAAAAUGUUGGUAUUCGAAACAAUGCAUAUUCUUCAAGUCAACCAGUAGAGAAUAUAAAUAUGUCUUAUGAUGAUGGUAUGACUACCAUCCAAGAGCCAUUAAUGAUGAAUACUCCAAAGUCAACCGACAUUCAGAUUGAUAAUAAUCCCAUUACUCUAACUGAUUUGGAUAUAAAAAAUAUAUUAAAUGCAAUUUAUAAUAAUGGAAUAAAUAUAAAAUUCAUGUUAAGUGGCUUAUUGUCGAACUUAGAAGGUUUAAAAACACUUUUUGAUAAAAUGGAAUUACUACAAUUGAAUAAAUAUGCAGAUGUACAGUUCCCAAAUAAGUUUCCCAUAAACAGUUCAGAUGAAUUAAAAUGUAUAGAAGAAUGUAUAUUGUUGAAUAAAUUUGAUUUUAGACCUAAACUAGAAAUUUAUAUUAAAACAAUUGGUGGUCAUUCUUUUAAAAAUCAUGUAGUACGUGCUUUGUCAAGAUUAAUCACUGAUGAAUAUGCAGUUAAAUGUACAUGGACUGGUAGAGGAAAAGGAAAAUCGACUAAAAUUAGUGAUAAAUGUUUGAUUAUGAUAUUAAAAAAAGUUGUGCAAGAAUGUUAUUCUCCGCAGAUAAAUACAGAUUUUGAAUUUGAAAAAAUUGUAGCUGGAUGGCUCAAGUGUGUUGUUACAAGAUACAAUAAAACAAAAGCUAAGACUUUAAGCCCAAUUCCAUGAAAUCAAAUUCAAGAUUUUUUUUAUGCUCUCA